CUCACCAUCGGAUUCGUCGCCCGUUCAGCCACGACCACGGCCGCCGCCACCGCCGAGCCCCCCCACUGGGGCUACGGACCUUGGAGUUCGAUGCCCGCGCCGCCGCCGUCGUCCCGACACCAUCAACAAGGCGUCAAAAGGCAUUUCAACGAGAGCGACGAUUGCGACGACGCGUUCUCAGAGGAGUCCAGCAAAGACCAUUGUUCUUCGCCCGGAGACGGCACCGACACGCCUCACAUGCUCACCCGAAAAAAACGCCGGGGUAUCAUCGAAAAGAGACGUCGUGAUCGCAUCAACACCAGCUUGUCCGAACUCAGGCGUCUUGUGCCCACAGCGUACGAAAAACAGGGUUCGGCCAAAUUGGAAAAGGCCGAAAUUUUACAGCUCACGGUCGAUCAUUUGAAAAUGAUUCACGCAAAAGGUCUAGACACGUUGGCUUACGACCCGUCCAAAUACGCGAUGGACUAUCACAAUAUCGGGUUCAGGGAAUGCGCCAACGAGGUAGCCAGGUACUUGGAGUCGGUGGAAGGCAUGAACGGCCGGGACCCGCUGCGCGAGCGGCUACUGUCGCACUUGCAGUACUUUGCGGCGCAGCGCGAGUACGCGGCCAAGUCACCGGCCGCCGCGGGACACCACAACGCGCCGCCGCCGCCGCCUCCGCCAGGUUGGUACGGCGGUCAUCACGUCGGAGCGCCGCCACCUCCACCGCCACCGCCGCCGACUCUUCCGCCGGCGCACCAUUACCCGUCGACGACAUCGCCUCACCAACAACAACAGCAGCCGCCGCCGCUGACACUUGCCCCGCCGCCGCCGCCGCCCAGCCACAACAACAACAAUUACGAGACGUCAGCGACGGCCGCGGACGGCAUCAAAUCUGCGGCCGAAGCGGACGCGGUCGGCCUCACCACCCUGUCGUCCGUCCCGGCGGACUAUCACCAUCACCACCACCAUCACCAACAGCAGCACCACCAUCGCGGUCGCGACGACUACCAGCACCAACACCAGCACGGCGGCAGCGGCGGUGCCGGCAACCAAUUGCACAACUUGCAGCCCGUUCAACCGCCGCCUCCGCAGCCUCCGUCGGGCUAUCACGACGAGGCCUCCAUGCACCAACAGCACCACCACCAGCAACAACAGCAACAACAACAGCAAUACCAAUCCGAUUCGUCCGUUUCCGCACAGAUGAAACCGUACAGGCCUUGGGGCGCCGAAGUGGCGUACUAAAUUUAACCCUCCCCUAAACGUUUACUCCGCGCUCAUACCGUUAGUAUGCAUGCGUACUUAUCGACGAGUGGCAAACGAGCAGCUAACGCGUAAACGACGACUUGACGAGAAUUUUUCUCCUCUGACAUUUUUUUUUUUUUGCUGUGAAUUAUCAUCAUGAACCGUAUUCUAGUCAACGACCUCAACCAAAGCCAUUUUCGUUUUUUUUUUUUGUACUUAUACAUAGUAUAUUAUAUAAUAAUAUUAUAGCAAUAAUUAUAACUAUACUCGCGAAUCCGAUUGCAGCAGAUACGUAAAAGUUUAUCGGCCCGACUCACGCAUUAUAUUGUUUGGUGUUUGCUAUUCGUCAUACACAUCAUAUUAUAUAUCGUAUCGUUGAAUGAUUAACGCGUUGUGAGGGAAUGCAAUUGACGAGUGACUUUUUUUUUUAAGUUUUAUGUAUAUUUUUAUUUAUUUAUUUAUUUUUUUUUUUUUUAUAUAUAUAUUUUAAGAGUCUUACACACGGAGAGUUGUACGUAUUUUUGACACGUAAGAUAAU